AAUUGAACGCAAUUCCACAGCCCCACUCAAGACCCAAAUUAUAGCUACCUACUAGAAGUUAAACGACAAUAACGUUGUAGUAGAAUGAUGAUAGCAGCGCGCUUGCUAAUAUAGAUUAAUUAACAAUAUAACAUAUGCCUGCUGUUUAGUCAUGAUGGUUCGUUGCGCCGCACUAGCUAGUAAGUCAUUAAUGGUGGUGCUUGAGAGAAAUUCGUUCCCGUCUUGUCCAUUACUUUUCCCAAGUUCUGUGGAGGAAAAAAAGGUGCACAAAUAAUUAGAUCAUUAGAACGUCAAAAUCACCACCUAGGUGUCGCAUGACAAUCACGUCACACGAUACGAAAACAAAAGAACACUUAGCAGCGCUGCAGAGCAGUCGGGACUCAAACUUCAGAGAGACGGUAUGAACGAGGAAAAAUUUGUCGUCUUCUCAAUUUUUCUGUUGGUCACAGUCAACCCGAUUUGUUCUGAUGCUUCCUCGCCAUCUCUUCAUGUGGUUGCACCAAGAAACCUUAUCCCAGGCGAGACGUUUUUUGUCUACGUUCAUACUGAAGCCACCAACCCAGCAAGUAGGCAGUUGAUAUCUGUAAGUCUAGAUAAUUCUACUGGGCACACCUUCGCUGAUGGAGGCAGGCGUUCGAUAAAUUCAGGUUCUUUCAACAAGUUCUUCUUGAUGACACCACAAAAUGCUGAUCCUACUGUGAGCGACUACUACAUUUUUGUUAACAAAGUGGCCGGGACAGGAAGGACUCAGAAUAUAAGCCUACCAGUUAGAGUUCUAGGAAAGAACAAAAUCAUCUUGAUUCAAACUGACAAGCCCAUUUACAAAUCUGGAGAAACAGUAAUGGGAAGAUCAAUUGUCCUUGAUCGUCAUCUAAGGUCUGCUACAGGAACUGUUUCAGUCACCAUACAGAAUCCCAGUUCUUACACAAUGGGACGUUAUUAUAAUCUCACGCUCGAUUACGGUUGGUUUGGGUUUUUCAAUUUUGCCAAAUAUAGCAGCAUAUUGCAUUUUCCUACGAUGUGCAUACUACUAUCUAAGGUAUCGUCUUUUUAGGUGUUGCAGAUUUCGAAUUUCCUAUAUCUUCAGAACCCGUUCUGGGAACUUAUCGGGUGUGUUCUACCUAUGAGGGUUUUCCGGAAGGACAGCAAGCAUGCUUUACGUUUGAAGUUGAACGUUAUGUUCUUCCAAAAUUCUCUUGUACUAUCACUCCUACCGAUGAAUUCUUGCCUUGCUCACUAAAAACUGCCUGCUUUUCGGUAUCAGCAAAAUAUACGUAUGGGCAAAGGGUUGAGGGAAGUUUAUCAGCGUCAGUGGUACCUAGUUACACGUGGACACGAUGCUUUCGCAGACAGAUUACGCGGAAGAAGAUUUAUGGAUCAACAUCGAUGUGCGUUGAAGUCUGCUCUAAUGGAUAUACUUUCUGUGGAGGAUACGUAGUAAUCGAUGUCAACGUAACUGAUUUCACGUCUGAAACCACUGUCCAAUGCGAAGGGCUGACCCGUGUACCUGUCAAAAAUAGACCCUACAAACUCACAAUUAUUGAUGAUGAUCGCAGUUUCCACCCUUGUCAUUCUACAGUCGUAAAGGUUGCUGCUUCAACUGUGUCUGGAAACCCAAAAGUAGCAAAUGUAAGCUUAGCUGUCUCCUGGGAUGCAAAGAACAAAGCAUCAUGCAGAGUAAACAGACGACGUGCAUUGAAACUUCAAUAUCAACUUACCGACAGCAGAGGCAUAGCGACUUUCUUUGUUUGUAUGCCUUGUAGCGCAUUGAGUGUCAGCUUUCAUGCGUUUACAGUGCCAGAUACAUCCGAACCCAGUCAAUUUUCUCAUGCAUACAGCGUUCGAUGGUUUAUUUAUUCUAAAGCAAGAAUUGCUUUAUCAGCCAAAAACCAGAUAAUACAGAUUGGAGAAUCAGCAAAUAUUACGGCUUCAUUUUCUAGUGCAGCAGUAGCGAACUAUUACGUUGUUAACGGUGGAAAUAUUGUUGACCACGGUCGUUGCUUACCAAAAAGCGACAGAGAAGCUAGCAAAAGGCACAAACAGUUGUGUCAGAAAGGAGGAAUUAGAAGAACUUGCUAUAUCUCGUUCCUUGUUACGUCAUCAAUGGCUCCAAAGUUUACUGUGGUCGUUAGUCAGAAAGUGCUCGCUGCUUCAAGGAUCGCUUUCCAUGUCAUUCAGAGUCCGGACUCUGCGAUAUCAAUACAAUUUCAGCACAAAAAAGUGAAGCCAGGAGAGAAAACUAAUCUGCUGAUUAAAGCACCUCCGAUGACAUACGUGGGCGUAGUAGCAGUAGAUCAAAGCGUUUACAUUCAACAGGAUAAAAAUCAACUAACACCUUCCAAAUUAUAUUACGAAGUAAGCGCAUUUGAUGAACACAAGCAAUUGCCCGCUGAGUCGUAUGUGUGUGAUUGGCUAAUGCACUGGGAUUGUUCUUGUGUGUGUUACGAACUAUACCCCAUACCGACUGGUCAAACUGAAGAAGACGUAGACACAACUAAUCCGCCUACGGUCGAAGUUGAUUCCCCAGAUAUUCUAUCGGACGAAAGAGGUAAUCCUGACGACAUUGUCGACCCAUUUGCACCUAGGAGAAAUGCUAGCGAAAGGUGCUGUUACACAAAUUGCACUGUGGUGUACUUACCUAAGGAAAAUUGCUCUUAUUACAAAGCAAGCAGCUAUUUUACGUCUUCUGGAAUUCAACUAUCUGACAGUGAAACGGCACCACCAAUGGCUUGCCUGAAACCAAAUCAUCAGCCUAAUGUCACCAACGACUAUUGUAUGGAAUCGUGUUUUUAUUCUAUUUUUGGAGAAGACAUUAACGGGGAAGGAGCUACAUAUCCCAAUAUUGUGUAUAAUAUCCCAGUUGAUGAAAGCGAUGAUGUGCUAAGCCCGUCUCGUGUUCGAACACACUUUCCUGAAACUUGGUUGUGGUUUCAUCGAAUGAUUGGAAACAACACAAUGCAUGAGGAAGUUACUGUUCCCGAUACGAUCACGUCGUGGGUAGCAGAUGCCUUCGCUGUAUCUCCAUCACACUCAAUGUCCAUCGCCAGUCCGGCAACUCUGACAGUCUUCAAGCCAUUCUUCAUCAGUAUCAAUCUGCCUUAUUCAGUCAUAAGAGGAGAGCUUGUAGAGAUUACUAUCACCGUCUACAACUAUCUUGAAACCAGAUUAACCGCCUUUGUUGACGUACACGUGGAUAAGAACGACGCCCGCCUAGUGCAGGAAAAACGAUACAAAUCUGUGUUGAAUCGGCGAACAAGGAUACUUGAGCUUCUGCCUGGAUACGGAAAGCUAACAUCUUACUUACUUUUGCCACUAAGAAAUGGCUACUUGCCAAUACGUGCAACCGCCAGAUCUACACUAGGAGCAGACAGCCUAAUACGAAACCUACUUGUCGAACCGGAAGGCGUUAAAGACGAAUAUAGCCUGUCAUCACUUCUGUGUUUGCAAGAUGACGAAAAUUCUAAAUCUAAAAUUCGUGCUGACGAUACUAAUAGCAUAACAUACGUCUUCAAUGCAUCACUGCCACCCGAUUUUGUUCCCGAUUCAGAGAGUGCAGCAAUUUCAAUAACAGCAAAUUACAUGGGACCGACGAUUGAGGGUUUAGAAAAUUUACUGAGAUUACCGACAGGUUGCGGAGAACAGAACAUGGUCAAUUUUGCUCCUGCCGUCUACAUCGCUCGCUACCUCGACACAGUCGGUCAACUCGAUGAAGUCACGCGAAAGAAAGCUCUUUUCUUCAUGCAAACAGGAUAUCAAAGACAAAUGAUAUUUCAACGAGAAGAUGGAUCCUACAGCUCUUUUGGGAACAGUGAUCGCUGCGGCAGCAUGUGGUUGACAGCUUUUGUGUUGAGAUCAUUCGGUCAAGCAGACGGUCUAAUUGGAAUGUCAAUUGACGAAAGAGUGCAGAACGAGGCUGUUCAAUUUGUCAAAAACAACCAGAACGCAGAUGGCUCAUUUCCUUCUAUCUGUAGUCCUAUACAAAAAGAAAUGCAAGGAUGCAGCGGUGGUAUUUGCUCGCUAACGGCUUAUGUCACAUUAGCUCUUCUAGAAGCAGGAAUAUCUCCCACAGACGAGAGUAUCGAGUUGGCUCUGCACUAUCUAUCAAAAAGAUGUGUAUCCCAGAACUGUAACAGCCCGUACAAUCUCGCUCUAAUAGCUUUCACGCUGUCCAGAGCUGUAGGAUAUGGCAAACAAACAGAGAAAGCUUUAAAGGCUCUUCAAAACUGUGCCGUUACAGAAGGCGACCAUACUCACUGGCAGUAUUCGAUCGAAAGAACAUGUUAUAACCUAUGGCCAUGGUCUUAUUACUGCCGGACAAGGUCAUGUGACGUCGAAGCGACCGCAUACGCGUUAUUGGCAUAUACUGAUCAAGGAAACAUUGCUUACAGCUUGCCAAUAGUCCGUUGGUUGAUCAAACAACGUAAUCCUCGCGGAGGAUUUAAGUCUACUCAGGACACCGUGGUUGCUCUUCAAGCUCUCUCUGAGUACGCCAAAUUAUCGGUGUCUCAUGGGCGUGUCUUUGCAAGAGUAUUGCUGAAUGCUAAUCAACUCACAGAAAGUCUAUCUCUCGACUCAUCAAAUGCCAUGCAAGUGCAAACCAUCACAUUGUCAAGCCUGCCAACACUGAUUAACGUUACAGCAAACGGUAGAGGCUGCAUAUUGGCAUCUGUUGGUGUUAAGUACAGCGUACCUAAACCUGAAGAGACUGCUGCCUUUCACGUUUCUGCCAGAGCUCAAAUACAGAGAGGUGCAUGCAAGUAUUUGGUAAGAGUGUGCAACAGAUGGAUUCAAAACAAUCCGGACACUUCAAAUAUGGCCAUAUCUGAAAUUACUUUCUUUUCAGGUUUUCAACCUAUUCAAAGAGAACUGAAGCAGCUUGUGAAAAGUAACCCCUGUAACAUCAAGAGGUCAGAAUUCAAAGGUCGUACUCUCAGCAUAUACUUUGAAGAAGUUACGCAAACCCAAUGUUGUUUUGAAGUAACAAUGAAGAGGGCUUCGGUGGUGGCACAUCUCCAAGGUGUUCCUGUCAUUACAUAUAACUACUAUGAGCCUGACGAGAGAGGAGGAACAAUGCUGUAUCCUCGCCGAGAAUGCCUUUGAAGGAAAAAGGCUUUACAGUUGAACUAGAUGUGUGUCUGUAGCAUGUGCAAAGAAUGUGCUCUGUUGUUUGAAAAUGAUAAGAAAACAUCUCAAAUUAUUGGAAAAUUUAUAUAAAAA